UAAUAUACGUAAUUAUACCAUACUUAAAAUCUAUAUCUUUAUUUGAAAUUUGAUAAAUACUGAUUACGGAGAGAGUUUUCAAAAAAGCUUUACAAGCUUCCUAAUCAAUCCGUAAAAUUUAUUUUAUGUACUUGUGUGGAUUAUAAAUAAAAUAUUGUUUAAACUAAAAACUAAAAAUCUAAGAAACCGAAUUUACAAGUUGAGAAUUUAAUGCAGUAUGGAUCGUAUAUUCUAUUUUAUUUUUACCAUUGGAUUUACAUUUCUACUGAAAGGAAACCAAUGUUUUGACGAAUCUAUUAUACUGAUUACUGACACCCACAAUAAAGGACUAUAUGGAGUCUCGUCUAAAACUAACACAAUCUAUACUAUCGCUGUCAAGAGAAUUUUAAACCCAAUAGCAAUACAUUAUAACGAAAUUAAUGAAAGAAUAUACUGGAGUGACGUCAUGCUGAAGGAAAUAAGGAGCACGUCCAUUAACGGGCAUGAUGACGUCAUAAUAAGGAGUCUCGAUAAUAGUUCGAUUCCUGACGGAUUGGCGGUCGAUCCCGUUUCCAAACUUGUUUUUUAUACAGACGCAGGGAACCACCUUAUAGCAUUAAUGGAAUUAGAUGGUUCCAAUCAUGCUGUAAUUGUAACCAAGGACAUUGACAAGCCAAGAGCAAUUGUACCUGAUCCUGUAAAUGGGAAAAUAUACUGGUCUGACUGGGGGUUAUUUCCAAAAAUAGAGACCGCCAAUUAUGAUGGUACUAAUAGAAAGGCUGUGAUUACAUCCGGGAUACUUUGGCCGAACGCUUUAACAGUCGAUUUUGCAGAUCAGUGGAUGUACUGGGGAGAUGCUGGAACUCACAACAUUGAGCGAGCUAGAUUAGACGGCUCUGAGAGAAAAGUCAUUUUCUACAAUGCCAAUUCACAUUACUUUUCAAUGCUCCUUUACUCAAACAAUCUGUUUUAUACUGACUGGCAACACAGAUCAAUCAUGGCAAUUUCCGUUUCCGGUGUCGACGUGUCUUCAAACAUUGGAAAUGAUUCAUUUUCCAGACUUAAUGAUAUUUCUCGUUUGAAACCAAAACCAGCGUAUCCAGAAACAAAUGCUUGCACGAAGAAUAAAGGCGGCUGUAGUCACAUCUGUAUACCAAGACCAAAAGGAAAUCAUGCUUGCCUAUGUCCAACAGGUUUUACCUUGAAAGAUGAUUCAUUUUGUAUAAAAGCCGAAGAACAAGAAAACAGUGUUACGUGUAAGCCAUUGAAGAGACACAACAAAUUUACCACUAUUUCACCAAAAGAGUGUCUGACACAUGUUUCGCCAGUUGGAAAGGUUUGUAAGAUUCAAUGCCCGGAUGGCUUCCUAUAUGGUGGUAAUCUAACUGAUAUAGAAUGCAAAGCUGAUGGACAUUGGAAUGCUGACGUAUCUCUCUGCUUUGCAAUUACAUGCCCCCUUAUUAUCACAUCUAAUACUGAAAUAACCGGUUGUAAAAAGCCACUUGAUUUUGGAUCAGUGUGUGAACAAACUUGUAGUAAAGGCUAUGAAAAAGUGAGCGGAAGCAGCUUCAGAUUUUGUAAAUCGGACGGCUCUUGGUCAGGGGAAGAUCUAAAAUGCCAGGAAAAAAUACGGCAAUGCGGAGACGUCCCUCUUCCAAAACGAGGUUAUAUUGUAUCAGGCCAAUGCGCGAAUUAUUAUGGAGCAAAAUGUAAUAUUGCAUGCGACACCGGGUACCAAUUCAGCUCCAACACAAAAGUGGUAACCUUAGAAUGUGACCUUGACGAAAACAAUAAGGCGGUGUGGAAAGCUGACAAUCUGGCAUGCAUUCCAAUUACAUGCCCCCCUAUUAUGACAUCUAAUACUGAAAUAACCGGUUGUAAAAAGCCGCUUGAAUUUGGAUCAGUGUGUGAACAAACUUGUAGUAAGGGCUUCGAAAAAGUGAGCGGAAGCAACAUCAGAUCUUGUAAAUUGGACGGCUCUUGGUCAGGGGAAGAUCUAAAAUGCCAGGAAAAAAUACGGCAAUGUGGAGACGUCCCUCUUCCAAAACGAGGUUAUAUUGUAUCAGGCCAAUGCGCGAAUUAUUAUAGAGCAAAAUGUAAUAUUGCAUGCGACACCGGGUACCAAUUCAGCUCCAACACAAAAGUGGGAACCAUAGAAUGUGACCUUGACGAAAACAAUAAGACGAUGUGGAAAGCUGACAAUCUGGCAUGCAAUCCAAUUACAUGCCCCCCUAUUAUGACAUCUAAUACUGAAAUAACCGGUUGUAAAAAGCCGCUUGAUUUUGGAUCAGUGUGUGAACAAACUUGUAGUAAGGGCUUCGAAAAAGUGAGCGGAAGCAGCGUCAGAUUUUGUAAAUUGGACGGCUCUUGGUCAGGGGAAGAUCUGAAAUGCCAGGAAAAAACUGUUGAAUGUCCUAAAUUAACUCCCUAUUGGCAUUCGAGUAUACUAGGAUGUUCACCUCCAUUUAUCGUUGGAAGUGUCUGUGCACAAAUCUGUCAUGAUGGCUAUACAAGUGACAACUCUGGCGCAGGUCAAAGAGUGUGCACAACAGAUGGCACCUGGUCAGGUCAAGAAUUAAUCUGUGUAAAGUAUGAGACAGUGCCACCUAAAGGUCAUUUAAAUUCCAAAGAUUCCGAUGAAAAAUUUGAUUUCACAAACAGCGGUGUCCUCAUUGGAGUUGCGGUUAUAAUCAUGUCCUUUCUGUUGUUGAAUUGUGGAAUUUUGGUCUUUUUACGGAAGCUAGGUGGAAAAAUCGAAACAAGUGUUGAAAGUAAAAUCUCCUUAUUACAAAACCAAAAUGGACACUCAGAACGACAAUUUGGAACAAGUUUCAAAAGAGAAAUUUCCUUUUCACAAAAUUCACUCUCAGAUUCACAACCUUCAACUAAGCCUGGAGUAGAGGAAACAUUUAAAAAAGAGGAAUACACGUGAUUUUAACUAUUAAACUUCAUCAUUUUUAUUUUGUUUUUGCUAGUUGUUGUCUUUAUGUUUUGUUUUUGUUGUUGUUUAUUUGCUGUUUGUUCUUGUUUUGUGACGACAGUCUUGUGAUAUAUUGCUAAAUAAACGAAUAUUGUACAUGGUAUUUCCAAUUUCCAAACAAUUCAAACUGUAGUGCAUUAAGUGGAAUAGUUUUUGAAGGCAAUGAUCAAAUCAAAACGUUCCAAAACGAAAAGAAAAACCUUGCCAAGCAACGAUGCAAUUUUCACACAGACCACGUGUUUCAGUUGUCGAGUCGAUAAAAUUUGUGGUGAUGAAAAAAGAAUAAAAAUGGAAACAAAAAAGAAUAAAUAUUGAAACAAAAAAGGAUAAAUAUUUAAAUAAAAAAGAUAAAACAGUUUUAAAUUAUAUAUAUGUGUGUAUGGAAGUAUGUUAAUUUAGAUAAACAUGUAUAUUGAAAGCUAUGGGAAAAGAAAAGCGUACAAUGAAUGUGUGAGGAAAAUUCGAAAAGAAUAGUAAAAGUGACAUCAAUGAAUCUUGUAAUAGCACCUGACCACAAAUAAUAAAUUUUCUGUCUUAGAAAAACAAAAAAAGGCAUACAUAUUGGGGAACUGGUAACAAAUUUGCAGUGGUAAUUGGAUUUUGACAAUUGUCCCUGUGGUCACUUCAGACAUAUAUGAGGACACAGGGAAGAUAUUAACCAUGUUUAAAUGGAAGAUUAACACAAAUGAAAAUAUUUUACAUUUAAUUACAUUUUACUACAUUCAAUAUGCAGUUCUGUGAAUGUCUAAAAUGAUACAUUAUCCUUUUAACAAAUUAUAUAGCAUGUAGAUAUUUGUUAUAUAUAUACAUGUAUAUUUAUUUUUAUCUACGUACUUGUUUCAUAGUUUGGGGACCUUUUUGUUGACAAUGUGCCAGAAUUAAAUCGUAUACGUAUACAUGCACAGUGCGUUAAUUGGAGUGCAGGUAUUAGUUACUCGCACUCCAGAGCAUGCUCAUUAAUUGACUCAUGGUACAAAUUAGAUAGCGCUCUUUCUAUUAAUUAACUAAAAUAAACAGACAAGCCACACAAACACGAACAUUCAGUAAUUAAUUUUUAUUGAAAUCUUAAAUAAAUAUUGGGAUCUAUUACUUUUGUCUGAUAAGGAAAGCGUAAAAAAAUAUACAUACCAAGUUCAAACCUAUUUUAGCAUACAGACGUCCUUAAAACAUUCGAGAUUAUCUUAUGAGAAGUCCUUUACUUGAUCGCACAUUUUUAUGCCCCCACAGAGUGGGAGCAUAUAGCGUUGCACUUGUCCGUCCGAGUGUCCGUCCGUCCGUCUGUCCGUCCGUCCGUACGUCUGUCCGUACGUCCCGAAAUCUUGUGAACGCAACUCCUCUUAAACCGGAUGGCAGAUUUUGCUUAAACUUCCAGGGAUGAACAACCUUAAUGUGUAGAUGGUAGUAAAGGAAGGAAUUUUUGCUGCGACCAAAUUUAACAGAAUUAUGGCCCUUUGUUGAUUUUUUCACUAUAUACUAUGUAGAAAUUUUGUGAACGCAACUCCUCUUAAACCGGAUGGCAGAUUUUGCUUAAACUUCUAGGGAUGAACAACCUUAAUGUGUAGAUGGUAGUAAAGGAAGGAAUUUUUGCUGCGACCAAAUUUAACAGAAUUAUGGCCCUUUGUUGAUUUUUUCACUAUAUACUAUGUAGAAAUUUUGUGAACGCAACUCCUCUUAAACCGGAUGGCAGAUUUUGCUUAAACUUCCAGUGAUGAACAACCUUAAUGUGUAGAUGGUAGUAAAGGAAGGAAUUUUUGUU